AUGGAACCUAUCGAUCUGCGGAUGGCCUCAGUACGCGAAGCCCGCAACGCCGAAAGACGCUUCUGCUUCGAGGUCAUCACGCCUCAAUUCAAGCGCAUAUAUCAAGCCACCUCGGAGGACGACAUGGGCAACUGGAUUCGCGCAAUUAACAACGCGUUACAGAGCGCCGUUGAGGGACGUACUAGCAUGUACCCACCGCCGCCAACGUCGUCUGAGGCGGAUACUCCAUCCAUCAGGCGUGAUAUUGGCUCCGUCCUUACCGGGAAGAGUUCCUCGGUUUCCCACCACUCCCACUCAUCUGCCGCAAGCAAUGUGACCCGACGCACCACUGUUGGUGCACGACCGAGCUAUGUUCGAAAUGACAGCCAAGGCUAUGAGGAUAACCCGUCUAAGCUACUGCAAGCAGUGCGAGACGCGGAUCAAGGCAACAACUGGUGCGCGGACUGUAACUCGACAUCAAAGGUCGAAUGGGUCUCUAUCAACUUAGGGAUCGUGCUGUGUAUCGAGUGCAGUGGCAUCCACCGAUCCCUGGGAACGCACAUUUCCAAGAUUCGGUCUCUGACGCUAGAUGUCCACUCUUUCUCCAACGACAUUGUCGAGAUCCUCCUGCAGGUCGGGAACCGCGUCAGCAACAUGGUUUGGGAGGCAACCUUGGAUCAAUCUCAGAAGCCAAUAGCCUCGUCAACUCGAGAACAACGAUUGAGAUUCAUCACCGCCAAAUACGCUGACCGAGCAUUCGUCCAGUCAUUGCCAUCUCCUCUGUCACGAUUCCCCACCCCAGACGAGACUUUGCUUGCUUCAAUCAAGAGGAAUGAUAUCCAGGGUGUCCUCUACGGCAUAGCCCUCCGCGCCAACGUGAACAUUGCCGAUCGCUCACGCAGCACACACGCCGUCUUCCUCGCCCUGGCAGCAGCAGACCCAGCCGCACCGGGGUCAACACCCUCGAGUAUCUCCUCACGGCCCAGCACCUCUGUCAAGGCAAUUCCGUUCCCGGUCGCUGAACUUUUGGUCCAGAACGGUGCCGAAAUCCCCUCCCAGCCGCCGCCGAUUCCUCUUUCACCAGCUGCUCAGUUAUAUCUCAACCAGCGAACCGCGCGACUGUCUAAUUUCAGUGCUCCUGCUCCUGCUGCGUCCCCGCCUGAUACGCUGGGUUCUCUGCCGGCUAUCCGCGGACCAGGGGCGAGCAGUGAACACACGCCUAGCACAUUGGACAGCAGGGAGCGCGAGAAGCUUCACAAGAGAGGAAGCGCUGGUGCUAGGUUUGCGGGCAAGGUUGCCUCGUUAGGGAUUGACCGGUGA